GCUAUAGGACAUCCAGCUUAGGUAUCCCAGAACAGCCGAUUUCGGCAGCGCUUAACCGAGUCGUUGCGCGUUUCCAAGCAAGGUACGAAAAGCGGCAACCAGUCCCAGGAGAAGGAGCCGAUGACGGUGAUAGCGGGAACGAGAGCCGGAGCGGAAGCGAAGAAACCAACGUUUGCGAGAAAUGCUGCGCCGAGUUCUUCAAGUGGACAGACUUCCUGGAGCACAAGAAGAGCUGCACUAAAAACCCCCUGGUGCUGAUCGUGAACGAAGAUGAAGCAGCUCCGCCGCCCGCUGAGGAGUUCCCCGAGCCCUCGCCCGCCAGCUCUCCCAGUGACCAGGCAGAGAGUGAAGCCGCUGAAGAAGGCGUCCAGGCAGAAAACAAUGAUAGCUCUGAGAUAAAAACCACGGAAAAGGAAGAAGAGCCAAUGGAGGUAGAAACUUCUGCGGAUAAGAGUUUCCAGAAUCAAGGCACCUCAAACACAGCUACUCCUCUACCUCAGAUCCCUGAACCAUCUUCCAUGACAAGCUAUAACAUGCCAAACACCAACGUCACGCUAGAGACUCUGCUGAGAGCGCAGUUCUCGCAGAGCGCGCGGACCGCCGCUUCCACGAGCAUCAGCAGCGGGGUGACGGCCGUGGCCAUCCCCAUGAUCCUGGAGCAGCUCAUGGCCCUGCAGCAGCAGCAGAUUCACCAGCUCCAGCUGAUCGAGCAGAUCCGCAGUCAGGUGGCGAUGAUGAACCGCCAGCCUCUACGGCCAUCCCUGAACCCGGUGGUGGCUGCCCAGGGUGGUCCCGGGCAGGCAUCCAACCAGUUGCAGGGGUUCGCCACCAGCGCCGCCAUCCAGCUCACCGCGGUCAUUCCUCCCACCAUCGUGGGUCAGGCCACCGGUGGUCAGCCCGCUGCCUUCGACAGCUCUCAGCACAUCUCAAGACCUACGUCUGGAGCAAGUACGCCCAAUAUCUCCGGUGGCGGCUCUUCCGGCCCGCCGGAAUCAAGCGUAGCCGCCUCCUCGAUCGCGAUUACGUCCAUAACUCCCGUUUCCGUGUCAAAUGCUCCUAACAGUGCUUCGCAGCCCCAGAACGCUUCGACUCCACCUUCAAUAGGACAUGGAGGCCUCACCUCGGUGUCCAGCCUGCCAAACCCACUUCUACCUCAGACUUCAUCAAAUAGCGUGAUCUUCCCCAAUCCGCUGGUGAGCAUCGCUGCGACCGCUAACGCGCUGGAUCCUCUGUCCGCCCUUAUGAAGCACCGCAAAGGAAAGCCACCGAACGUGUCAGUGUUUGAGCCCAAGUCGAGCUCGGAGGAUCCCUUUUUUAAGCAUAAAUGCCGCUUUUGUGCCAAGGUCUUUGGAAGUGACAGUGCUUUACAAAUUCACCUCCGCUCGCACACAGGCGAAAGACCUUUUAAAUGUAACAUAUGCGGAAACCGCUUUUCCACAAAGGGCAACCUGAAAGUUCAUUUUCAGAGGCAUAAAGAGAAAUACCCUCAUAUUCAGAUGAACCCCUAUCCUGUUCCAGAAUACCUCGAUAACGUGCCCACCUGCUCCGGAAUCCCGUACGGGAUGUCGCUGCCCCCCGAGAAGCCGGUGACUACGUGGUUAGACAGCAAACCUGUUUUGCCGACCGUCCCAACUUCCAUCGGGCUGCAGCUGCCCCCCACUAUACCCGGCGUGAACAGUUACGGCGAUUCUCCAAGCAUCACUCCCAUGAGCAGGUCACCCCAGAGGCCUUCUCCUGCCUCCAGCGAAUGCACUUCUCUAUCCCCGAGCCUCAACACUUCCGAGUCGGGUGUUCCAGUGUCUGCCGAAUCCCCGCAGCCCGUUCAGAGCGGCUCGUCUCUGACCAAGGCAGAACCUGUCACUCUGCCUCCCACGAGCACGCGGCUUGGGGACCUUUCUGCAAGUGGGCAAGUUUCCACAGCUUCCACGUCUUCAAUUCCUACUGCUGUUACGGACAGCAGUAGUUCAACAAGCCUCCCAAACCCUGUGCUUCCAGCAGUAUCUGACCAGUUCAAGGCAAAGUUUCCAUUCGGUGGUCUGCUAGACUCUAUGCAAACGUCAGAAACCUCAAAACUGCAACAGCUGGUGGAAAACAUUGAUAAGAAGAUGACAGAUCCAAAUCAAUGUGUCAUUUGUCACCGUGUGCUUAGUUGUCAGAGCGCUCUCAAGAUGCAUUACAGAACGCAUACAGGAGAAAGACCAUUUAAAUGCAAAAUUUGUGGACGUGCCUUUACUACGAAAGGCAACCUGAAAACACAUUUUGGAGUUCAUCGAGCGAAGCCACCACUUAGAGUACAGCACUCGUGUCCCAUUUGUCAGAAGAAAUUUACAAACGCGGUGGUUCUUCAGCAGCACAUUCGUAUGCAUAUGGGUGGGCAAAUUCCAAACACACCGCUACCAGAGGGCUUCCAGGACGCCAUGGACUCGGAGCUUUCCUACGAUGAGAAGAACGUUGACACGCUGAGCAACUUUGACGAUGACAUUGACGAAAAUUCUAUGGAAGAGGACCCGGAGAUAAAGGACACAGCAAGCGACUCGUCCAAACCCCUUAUCUCUUACUCUGGGUCAUGUCCUUCUUCGCCACCUUCUGUGAUCUCCAGUAUUGCUGCUUUGGAGAAUCAAAUGAAAAUGAUUGAUUCUGUCAUGAACUGUCAGCAGCUGACCGGUUUAAAAUCCGUAGAAAAUGGAUCAGGGGAAAGCGACCAUUUGAGCAAUGACUCCUCAUCAGCCGUCGGCGAUCUCGAAAGCCAGAGCGCAGGCAGCCCCGCGAUGUCAGAGUCUUCUUCCUCCAUGCAAGCUUUGUCUCCUGUAAAUAGCAAUAGUGAAAGUUUCAGAUCAAAGUCCCCAGGUCUCAGUAACCAGGAAGAGCCACAAGAAAUACAAUUAAAGACAGAAAAACCAGACAGCCCACCGCCACCCGCGACUGAAAACGGAGGCGCAUUAGAUCUGACAUCCACCAACCCGGGAAGACCGGUCAUCAAAGAGGAGGCUCCUUUUAGCCUGCUGUUCCUGAACAGAGAACGUGGUCCCAGCCAAAGUACUCCUAGCCUGGUCACCAGUACAGCGCCUACCAUGAUCAAAAUGGAAGUGAAUGGUCACAGCAAGCCGAUCUCUUUGGGUGAGGUUCCCUCGCUUCCAGCUGGAAUCCAGGUUCCUGCUGCACCACAGACAGUGAUGAGUCCGGGGAUCACCCCAAUGCUGGCACCCCCCCCUCGCCGGACUCCCAAGCAACACAACUGUCAGUCGUGCGGGAAGACCUUCUCCUCAGCAAGUGCACUGCAGAUACACGAGCGCACCCAUACCGGUGAAAAACCGUUUGGUUGCACAAUCUGUGGUAGAGCUUUUACCACAAAGGGGAAUCUGAAGGUUCACAUGGGAACCCACAUGUGGAAUAACGCCCCCGCACGGCGCGGCCGCCGCCUCUCCGUGGAAAACCCCAUGGCUCUGCUCGGUGGUGACGCUCUCAAGUUCUCCGAGAUGUUCCAGAAGGAUUUGGCAGCUCGGGCCAUGAACGUUGACCCCAAUUUUUGGAACCAAUACGCCGCGGCUAUCACUAACGGACUUGCCAUGAAGAACAACGAGAUUUCUGUCAUACAGAACGGAGGCAUUCCCCAGCUCCCAGUAAGUCUAGGCGGGGGCGCCAUCCCGCCGCUCAGUAACCUCACCGGUGGCAUGGACAAAGCUCGCACGGGCAGCAGCCCUCCCAUUGUCGGUCUGGACAAAGCAAGUUCUGAAACGGGAGCCAGUCGUCCAUUCACCAGGUUUAUUGAGGAUAAUAAAGAGAUUGGCAUAAAUUAA